AUGACUCUCGUUGAUAUAGAGUUGCCAAAUGCACCCAGCUUAGGGCUCUUAGGACUUUUAUUCCUGGUUGGUUAUGCACUAUACUUCACUAUCUAUGUGUUUUAUACCCGUUUUUAUCAUUUGAGGCAGUUUCCUGGCCCAUCUUCAGGAAUUGUGGCUGCUGAAGGCUAUGAGGUCGGAGCAAAGUACAGAAUGGGUUGCACCCAACGUUCUUAUAACGAGCGACCCAGAUACCUGGCGAAAAGUCCUUGGGAUUCGCUCGGAUUGCGAAUGAGGUUCAUGCGUACAAAUUUGAUCACCGAACGUGGUAGAAGCAAGCACAAUGCGCUACGAUACCAGAUGGCAAGUGGUUAUGGUGACAAGGACAUUGUGUGA